AUGUCCAAGGUCCUGGCUACUAUGGUCUCCAAGAACAUGACGUCCAACAACAAGGACAACCUGGAAUCCACAAACAACAAUCCUCCUUCAAUCACUGAAGAAAAAAAGAAACAUAGGAAAAACAACAAAGUGCCUGUAAUUGUUCCAGACCGUUCAGCUAACCCUUUCCAUAUGUCUGGGAAAGUGGAUUUCUUCCUGCUCAGAGAUCAAGAGCGGAAUAAGUCUGUCGCAGAGCGGGAGCAGAAGAGGUCGCUGCGUGUGCACGAGAAGAUGACCUACUCGUCCAAAGUGUCAGCCAAGCACACCAGCCUGCGGCGCCAGCUGCAGCUGGAGGACCAGACGGAGGAUCGGGAGGUUUACGAGGAGGUGGAGCAGCUGAGCUCCUUCCACGACCAAACCUCCUGGAAGCUCUUCAUGACCAAAGAAAAGAAAGAGGAGCUUGUAAACAUAAACAAAUACAUCAAGCAGAAACGGCAAAUGUUCCUCAUCCAGUAUGCCCUGGAUAUGAAGCAGAGUGAGAUCCAGCGCCUGGAGAUACUGGCAGCUAAGGAGGAGGCCGAGCUGGAAAAGGCCGAGAAGUCCCUGGAGAAGGAUUCGAUCCUGUUCGAUGAGUUCCUCAGAGAGAAUGACCGCAGCUCAGUGCAGGCCCUGAAAGAGGCAGAGAAGGAGACCAAAGUGAAGAUGGAGAAGAUCACUGAAAUCCGAGAUCUGACCACCCAGAUCAUGAACAUCAAAAGCGAAAUCUCCAGAUUUGAAGACACUCUGCAACAUUACAAGGUCUACAAGGAUUUCCUGGACAGGCUAUCACCCAAGGACUGGUUGGAAGCACAAGAGAAGAAGCACUUGGCUCUGAAACAGUCCAAGGAGAUCGCCAAGCUCUCCAAAGAGAAUGCUAUGCUCUCCCUAAAAGGGGACAAAGGACCAGACAUCAAGGGCAAGAUGAGCUCCAGAGAGGGCCAGAGCUCAAGGAAGCCCUGGAAAAUUCUGCAUGUGAUACGGGCAGGGCACAUCCUGUCCAGCAGCAUCAGCCCCCAGCAGAACAGUCACCUCAGUGUGAGUGACAGGCUGGACUCCAAAGGGUCCAUAUCUUCUGCCCUCUCCAUGCAGGAGGACCCAGACAGUGACGAGGAGGAACUGGAGCUGUACUUCACGGAUCCCCAGCAGCUCCUGGAAGUCCUCACAAACCUGGAGGAGCAGAACCUCUCUCUGAUCCAGAACACACAGGAGAUGGAGGAGACCUUAGAGGAGCUGAAGUUCACCCUAAAAAAUACUCAGGUCCGCAUGGAUAGGGAGGUCAACCAACUGAAGCAGUGGAUCACCACGCUGAUGAUGGCCAUCACCAAGGAGGAAGAGACAGCUGCCGAGCUGGAGCUCAAGGCCCGAGUCUUCCAUUUCGGACAGUACAAGGGCGCGCAGGAGGACAGGCUGCUGGAGAGCCUCAACCACAAGGUGCAGAACGUGUACCAGCAAUGUAUCAGCACCCAGCAGGAGUCCAACCUGGGCACCGUGCAGAUGCUGACUAUCAUCGAACACCAGCUGGACGAGCUGCUCGAGAACCUGGAGCGUGUGCCCCAGGCCAAGAUCGAUCAGGCCGAGAAGGCCAAGGAGAAGGAGCGGCGCCAGAGACUCCGGGAAGAGAAAGCCAGGAUCCAGAAGCAGCAGCAAGAGGAGCGUCUGCGACGGGCCCAAAUCCGGGCCCAGGCCGAGAUCAAGAAGAAGAGAGGCAGAAGGUUGGUGUGCCGCUCCGAGCCCCCGGCCCUGAAAAUCAAGGAGGAGUCUGAGCAUGAGCUGGUGGACAAGGAGGAGGAGGAGCAGCUGUUCUUCUUCACCUAG